UUUUCCUCCCCCUUUUCCGCAAUUUUUUCAGAUACCAUGGGCAAGGACAAGUCGAAGGCUACGACCAGCAACUGCUUGCUAGACAUACCCGAUAGCGACAGCGACAGCGCGCCUCCCAGCCCACAACUAGCUCUUGGCUCCGGUGUGGGAGCCAAACCUGCAAAGAAUGAGGAGCGCAAGACAUUCCGUGUCCAGCCACCCUCUGAUCUGCUCUCGCGGUUGCAAGAGUUCCUGCCGCAGAUUGCUGUCGCCAACCAGAAGCUUGAGGAAACAGCUGCUGAGGAUCCCGACAAGGUCAACAUUGAGAACAUCGGCGAGGACGAACCACAGUACAUUGAGAUGGACUUGGGAUUGGGCGUGUUUGAUAUGAAGCCAAAGAAAAAGGAUGGCAAGAGCGAUAUUCAUAUUGGCACACAGCAGUCUUCAGGCGACAGCGAUAGCGAGGAUGGCGAAGGCGUGCCCAGCCGGUUGUUCGGAUCGAAGGUGGUUAUUGAUCCGUCGUCGAUAUUGCACGGAAAGGGCCCCAAGCCCAACAUCGAGGUCCUAGGGGAGGAGGGUGGGUCCGAAUCCGAGAUGGACGAGUAGACCGCGUAUCCAGAAUGUUUAUAUAGAGCAAAUAUAUAACCAGGAAUAUACAUCAGAUCCCCAGA